ACCCACAUUUCCAGUUACGUUUUGUAAAUUCUUACGAGUGUACCUGUGCUGUUUGAACCGUUCAAAUAGUUUAAUUCAAAACUAUUCACAACUUCUUCAAAGUGACAUUUCUUGGUGUUCGAAGUUUUAAAUAUAAUUUAUUUUAAAACUAUUCACAACUUCUUAAAAGUGAAGUUUUUGAUUUUAAAUAUAAUUUAAUUUAAAACUAUUCAAAUAAAUAAACCAACAUGCCUCAAGGAAGAAGGAAAGUGCCAUUCAGUGGUAAAGCUAAAAAACAACAGAUGCAAGCUAAGAAACAACGACAGAGCAAUUAUGUAUUAGUUUCUGAUAAUCCAUAUGAAAAUUUACGAGAGGGAAAAAAGAAGACUGAAAUUGAUACUACAAAUAUCAGAAAGAGAAACAACAAGAUAGAUGAAUUUGAACAAACAUAUGAUUCCAGUAAGAAGAAAUAUGAAAUAUCGCAGAAGAAUGAAGAAGAGGGUAGAUCUGCAAUUAAUAUGAUCUCUCUCAAGGAACAAGAACUUAGUUCCAUUUCGGAUUACUUUCCACCUGACAUAGAUAUGCCCAAAAGACCACUGUGGAAUUAUGUUAUGCAGAAAUCCGAGGUGGAAAGCAGAGAAGAAAAAUAUUUUCAUAAUUACAAACGAUUGUUAAGAGAGGACGUCAGCUAUUACGAAACAAAUUUAGAAUUUUGGAGACAAUUGUGGAGAGUUAUAGAAAUGUCUGAUAUAUUGUUGGUCAUUGUCGACAUUAGAUUUGCACCAUUGAUGUUUCCACCUUAUUUAUAUACAUUUAUAAAAGAGGAACUUGGAAAAGACAUGAUCUUAAUUCUCAACAAAAUUGAUUUGGCAUCUCCUGCUUUAACAUUAGCUUGGAGAAAUUAUUUUGCUAAUCUUUAUCCAGAUUUACAUAUAUUAAUGUUCACAUCGUUUCCAAAUAAUACAUUGAAGAAUAAUACUAAGGAUCAAGGUACUAAGAAACUUUGUAAAAGAGAAAGAUUGAAGAUGGCAUCAGAAAAAGCUUUACAAUUAUUAGAAGAAUGUAAAACUAUCGUUGGAGAUAAAGUUGAUUUGGGUUCAUGGAAUGCUAAAAUUCAAGAAGAGAUGCAUUCAAAAAUGGACGUAGAAGAUAUUGACAGGAAGAAUGAUGUUGUCAUUGAAAAACAAGAUUUUGGUUAUAUAAAACAUGAAAAGUACAAAAAUGGUAUAUUAACUAUUGGUUGUAUUGGUACACCAAAUGUUGGAAAAUCAUCUUUGAUAAAUUCAUUGAUUGGUAAAAAAGUAGUAAGCGUGUCACGUACACCUGGUCAUACAAAACACUUUCAAACAAUUUUCUUAACCAAAACGGUUUGUCUUUGUGAUUGUCCUGGUUUGGUAUUUCCAUCGUUGAUUCCAAGACCACUACAAAUUUUAAUGGGAUUAUAUCCAAUUGCUCAAGUCAGAGAUCCAUACAGGAGCAUCAGAUUUAUAGCAGAACGAAUAGAUUUACCAAAAAUAUUAAAUAUAAAACAACAAUCAUAUUCGGAUGAUGGUACUUGGUCUGCCAUGGACAUAUGUGAUGGUUGGGCUGCCAAGAAAGAUUAUUACACAGCUAAAGCAGCAAGAUUGGACACUUAUAGAGCUGCCAAUUCAAUUUUACGAAUGUCAUUAGAAGGAAGAAUCCGCAUUUACAUAUAUCCUACCAACUGGUCUGCAAUCAAAGAUUAUUAUGAAAAUCAAAUUAUCUUGAAUGGAACAACCAGAAAGAUGAAAAAGAUGGCUCUUCAAGAAUGCAAACAACAAACCCAUGCAAUCACUUCAAACAGAAAAUAUUCCUUUUCCGAUAUUGAAGAAGAUGAAGAUGAAGGGUUAGAGUUAGAGGAAGAAGAAGAUGAUGAUGAUGAUUAUGAACAAACUGACAAAUCAGGAGGUCCUUCAUUAAAAGAAGGAACUAGCGAAGAGGAAAGUAAAGAGGAAGAGGAAGAAGAAGCAACUAAAGGUGAAGAUGAAUUAUCAACCAUUGGAUAUACAAAUAACAAAUUUGAUCUUUUACCUGAAGAUAUGUAAAUACAAAUUGUAUAGAACUGAACUGAUAUCAUCUCUUAUGUAAAUACAAAAUUCUUUUUAACACAUUUCAAAUGAAUCCUUUUCAUUCUCUAUUUAAUAUCCAAUCAAAAUACACAUACACAAUUAAUUGCGCAUUUAUAAUUAUUACAAUAUUCAUUUUCUAAUGUUAUCUAAAAAGUAAUAGUUAUUUUUGAUUUGUAAUUUGUCAACAGUGUUAUAUUAUCAUACAUAAUAUUAAUAUGUAAAUAAUUAUUGUACUAAAUUGCUUUUAACAUAUCUUUAUGUUAUUUCAUGUAAAGAAUUUUGUUGUUGUUGUUGUUGAAACAAUAAAAAUCUAAUAUUUACACCAUAAAUUGUUGUUACUAUUUAUUUAAUAUUUGAACAAAUCCUCCUAUACCAGGGUUCGGCAAGCUUUUAAGUCGGAAGAGUCAAAAAUUACAAUCUUACAACAUUUCAAAGUUUUUAAAGAGCCACAACAUUUAAUAAAUAGUACUGGCAUAAAUAAAGUUUUUUGAUUUAAAACAAACAAAUCUAAUCUAUUUAUUCAUCAGUGCCUAAUCUUC